UGAGCGUGCUAAAGUCGCCUAGUGCCAAGAUACACGGAUAAAUAUCACCUAAGUUGUCAUACAGGGAAAUUUGAGCGUGAGCUGAUUUGAUGAAUUGGUUGUCGCACGCGCGGUCCUAGUUCAAAAUGGGAGGUUUCGUUCCUACAGAGUUGCGUCCAAAUCCGAUGCAAGUAGUCAUUUUGACUCCCAUGAAACACGAGUUCUCAUAAGCGUCCCACCGACUCAUUCGCUGGUUUCCCCGCUUCAUUCGCCUUGAGGUUGAGUUCACUUUGGGUUUUGAUUUCGAUGCUUUGCUGUGCUAUCGUUUCUUCGAGUUGAUUCCAGCCGCACACCCGAUUGUCAUUGUCAUUACAACCACAUCGCGAGAUCUAUAUCUUGGAACAAAAAUACACCCUUUGGAGAGGUGAUGUUGAUGGACGUUGAUAAGCUGCGGGAGUCUUGGGUAAUAUAAGGAGAAUCAUUAGAAGUAAAAGGUAAGAUGAAAUACGAACUGAAGCACUUGAAGAAUAUCACAAUCACUGAUACUCAACAUCACUCGAUCGUUUCUCGCCUUGAAAGCAGCUUCGAACAUGACACGCUACUUGCCUUGAAGAUGGCCGAAUUGAUCAACAGUUUUGGCUGAUGGUGAGCACAGGAACCAUAUUUGAGUGUCUCGGGACGCUUGUUUGGUGAUUAGGUCGAGCCCUUAAUCUCCAUUGUUUCCACGUAUAUUCAGGGAAUGGAGUCAGAAUCAUCGACUCACAGUCAGGCAUCAUCGACAUCGCUGGGCGAUGAAUCUGUGAAAGUGUCAGCGAUAGCUGAAUCAACGACUACUUCAGGUUCAAUGGAUGACACGGAUGGCAUCGGUGAAGUAUGGUAUAGACCUCCAAUACCAGAUCCAGUGGCUGCGAAACCGUCGCUGCGUCUUCGCACGAAUCGAGUUGGUAAAGAUGGCCCGAGACGAGAAGAGCUGUCCCCCAUGUCUCCUUCACGCAACAUGGAAACACCGGUUCUAGAAAGAUCCGCUACCGCAUUAUCUUGUAGCACGAGAGGGGGAAGAAGUGACGGAGAGCCGGUUUUGAAAAGGAAAAAGUCCUUUCGUGUCGUUGCAUCGCAGUACAAGAAAAGCCUUGACGAAGCUUUGAGGGCAUUUGUUGGAUCUUCCUCACCGGAUCUCGAUGCUCCAGAGCAAAGCAGGGCCUUCAAGAGACUGUUGAAAAGGAAGGUUGCAUCCGAUUCUGACUUGGAUUCGUUACCCACAACGACGUUCAAAUGGGUGCGUGGUGAGCCCAUUGGGGAUGGCACCCGCAUGUAUGCCGCGCUGAAUAUCAAGACGGGGGAGAUGAUGGCAUUGAAACAGGCUGAGAUUCCGUUGGUUAAGAAGAAGCACUGGACAGCGAAGCAGAUGGAAAAUUUGGAAAGACUGAAGAAAGAAGCCCGGAUUCUGGUGGGACUGGAACACCCAAAUGUCGUGCAGUAUCUAGGUUGUGAGGAAACACAAUCAAUAUACAACCUUUUUCUGGGAUACGUUUCUGGGGGCUCAGUCGGCGCUUUCAUACGAAGUCAUGGCAAGUUGCAAGAAACGAUUGUUAUAUUCUUUUUGGAACAAAUUGUCGACGGUGUGGAAUACCUUCAUUCGAAAGGGAUCAUUCAUCGUGAUUUAUUUGCUGAUAAUAUUCUCAUGGAGAUCAACGGAGUCAUCAAGAUCUCUGGUUUCGGUGCAUCAGAGAAGGUCCCAGAAACAACGUUGAAUAGGAAAGAAGGAUCGGAAGUCGUGUACCGGAUAGCACCAGAGGUGAUGAAUCUGCAGAGGAACGGAAAUAACUUCAAGGUCGACAUAUGGAGCGUGGGUUGCUUGUUUCUUGAGAUGAUGACUGGGCUGGGACCGUGGUCGGAGGUUGAGAUGAUCGACAUCCUUUUUCAGCUCUCUCAAGUAGGAUCGCCUGUAACGCCUGCCUACGUGACUCUUUCAGAACUUGCGGAAGAUUUUAGGAGGGAUUGUCUUGCGUUGGAUCCACACGAACGUGCUAGUGCUUCAGAACUCCGAACCCAUAGAUUCCUCGAACUUCCUGUGGACUGGUACUUCAAUGAUAGCAACUGAAAGAUAUAAUGUCGGUACCCGAUCUCCACAUUCCAUGCACACGACCCUACGGCCAUGCUACACGUUUAUUUAUGUAGUUUCCCCCCCCACUAUUUAGUACUUUCAAAACUAUUCUACGGUACUUAGUUAUAUUUCCUCUAAUCAGGACAACAACU